AUGGUUCUUGGUGGUAUGAGCGGUCUUAAUGAAGCCACUCCAAAUGCAGAAGAUUCAACUUCUACUCAUCAGAAAAGCCCCAAGUGGAUGACUGCGCAAAAUUUGGUGUUACUAAGUGGGUGGAUUAAAUAUGGAACAUACAUCUUUGUUGGCAGAAACCAAAAAGGUGAUGCAUAUUGGGUGCGUUAUGGUAGCCAGGUAGAAGGAAAUACUGGCUCUAGAAGUAGUGGAUCUAAAAGAGCUCACGAAAGUGAUGCUAGUGACUCCAACUCUGUAGAAUCCAGUGCUCGUCCAGUGGGGAGGGAUGCUGCUAAGAAUAAAAAAGCAAAAAGAAAGGCGCAAGAAUUGGAACGCUUGGAAAAACUAGCCAUGUUGCAAGAGGAGUCAAACCAAAGACGAAAGGAGGCAACACAAAGGCAAGAAGAGGCAAACCAGUUGAUGAAAGAAAAGACUCGGGCUAAGAAAAUGAAGACAUGGUUAAAGCUAAGUGAAAAUGAACAUCUCAAUAAUCAGAGCAACGAGCUGUUCUAA